UGGAUUUAUGAUUUAUAAAAAGCACUUUACCAUAUGGCCGUCGUCAUUGGAGCAGAUUUCCAAAUGUUUGCUUUAUGGAAGGAGACGAGAGAUCCUUUCAAUCCGAUCCACUUCACCUGGGAGAGGAUGCUCAAGUCACGUGAUCCAGAGGGCCCCGUAAAGGGGAAACAUGCCGGUGUCGAUCAUGAAGCGCUUUAAAGGAUGGGAUUUAAACUUUAUUUUCUUAAAACAACAUGCACCAAAGGUUUAACCACGGAGUUAUGUUGCUCCGUAAGAGCCAGUUUGUCUGAUGGAGACCGUUGGCCGCCGCUGCGCAAAAACGCAGUACCAGUCUGACUGCAGCUUUUAUUCAUACGACGUCGAUUCGCUGAUGACAGAAUGCACAGUUUAUAAAAAUGUAUGAGUUGUUUGUCUAAUUUAUCAUUUAGGGGGAGGAAAAUUAUUACAGGCAAAUACAAAAAAAGUAAGUACGUAAAAAACACGUUACCUCGCUUUACUCGAGACCGCGUGGAUUAACUGGUUCGUGAAGUCGUUUUUGCAGCACAGACCCAAGAACCGUAACGGUUCAAACAUGCCAGUUUAUGAUGAAUCCAGGCUAUGUUGACAUUCUGGCACCAGGCCGCCACGUCACGCUGAGGUCUGCGGGCCUAUAAAUGUCUGCUGAAGGGCGUCAUCGCUCUCACUGUCGCCCACGCUGCUCUACGUGGAGUUACACGGACCCCUUUCCCCUUCACGGCUCGUAAUUCCAUUUUGCAGUGAGGUCGUUUUCUUUUUCCGUGGACACUGUGGCCGUUUAUUUAUUUUUGAUCAUCAGCAGCAGCAGGAUCCGCAUCAUCAGCACCAGUGGAACAGGGAUGUGCGGAGCAAACAUUGAUCUCCACAGCAGAGGUGGCGGAAGCAUCAACCAGCUGGGAGGGAGCUUCCUAAACGGCAGACCUCUCCCAGAAUCCAAGAGGAGGAGGAUGAUAGAACUGGCCUCGGAGGGAGUGCGUCCAAGCCAAAUAUCCAGGAUGCUUCGGGUAUCACAAAUAAUCAUGUUUACUGUGUCCAACGGGUGCGUCAGUAAGAUCCUGAGUCGGUACCGGUGCACCGGCCUCCUCGAGCCCAAAACGAUCGGAGGAAGCCGACCCCGUCUCCUCACGCCCGGUGUCAUCUCCACGAUAGUCCAGUGCAAACGGGAGAACCCGACCAUCUUCGCGUGGGAGAUCCGAAAGCGUCUGGCAGCAGCGCGAGCCUGCAGCUCCAAAGUGCCCAGCGUGUCCUCUAUAAAUCGGAUUUUAAGAAAGAUCCAAGGACCCGGCUGCGCGGAGAUCAACGCGCGCGGCAGCACCGCGCAAGAAGAGGGGAGUGGCAUAGAGAUGUUUGAGAAACGCAGCGAAGGCAGACCUAAAGGCGUCCAGUACAGAAACCGCACCAGCUUCACCCCAGAGCAGAGCCGAGCGCUGGAACAAGAGUUCUCCAACAGCCAGUACGCAGACAUGUACACGAGGGAGAAGCUGUCUGCUGAGAUCAGGCUUCCCGAGGACACCAUCAAGGUGUGGUUUUCAAACAGACGGGCCAAGUGCAGGAGGGAGGCCAAGCAGAGCGGCGGCGCGCACAAUGCGGCGCAGCAGCGGGGUUUUGCGCUCCUGCGCCCGGCGGUGGCGCGCGGGCUCGCGCCUCGGCAGGUGCAGCGCACGUGCAGCGGUCUCCGCCCUUCGGUCGGGCCUGUGCAGGCGUGCGGCGUCAGAGCGCGGGCGGGCCGUGAGGGCGUUGACUCGCAAGCGACGGGAGCGUCGGGGGUCCACGGUGACGCAGGGACUUCACGCGACGCAGGUGUCCGGAGGCCGCAAAAGAGCCACGUGUUCCCAACAGAAACUGGUUGGAGGAAUCCUGAAUGUCUGACGUCAGCGUCCCCGGCAUUCAUUCACCAGUGCGGCAACAUAAUGCCCUCAGACAGAGUCACUUUCCCACUGAUUCACCACCUUACGGACUCGAGGACGUCGCUGACGCUGGCGACGGACGCAGUCAUGGCGGGCCAGUGCUGGAACCAGCAGGGGGUUCCCUUCACGUGGAGCCAGUAUCAAACAGACGAGAGGCCCGCGUUCGCUCAGCAGCCCUGGGAGGCGACUCCCCAUCUGUGCACGGGCUGAGUGAAGCCACAGUCCCGACAUAUUACAUCCAAGUAUUUAAGCACUCAUUUGAUUUUAGCAGGCUGCAGCGACGCAUUGUGACCAGCAGAGGGCGACAAGUGACCGAACUUGUCCUUCACGCAUAUUUCGCCAAAUAUUCUCUCGUCAGCUUUUAAGUCCCUUAAUGUCUUUAACAAAGACUAGGAGACGUUUAUGCCUCUCAGCUGUGAGACACAUGCAGUGGACCGUGAACUGACAAAGCCUUUGCAACAUUAAGCGCCAUUAAACAGAGAAAGUAAUGAAUGGAGUUCGGAGUCAUCGACAUGAGAUUCCAAGACAUAAAGUGUUUUAAUAUCAAGGUGUGACUGAGCCAAUAAACAGGUCCUGCUCGCAGCGCUGCAUAUUUUAGAGGGUGUAGUUACGACUGCUAAUAUGAGAAGAUGACAUUAUGUCUGUUUUAAAAAGUCUCCGGGCAUAAAUCAAAACGACACGGAUCAUUUAAGGUUACCACCGUACAAUAUGGACGUUAUCUUCUUUUAUAGUCCUGGGCUCGCUGUUUGUUUAAGUGUGAGGGGAGAUGAAGGCACCCGUCCAACAUUUCCGUCCAGCGACGGCGAAUGGGAAAAUCUAUAAAAGCACAGCUUCAAAAAGUCCAAACGCGACCCCGGUAUCUGCUUUGCUCGGUAUCAGCUUUUAUGACCCCGACAGGGCAGAGGCACCGGGUUCCUUUAUGUCCCUUUACUACGGGGACGAGACGCUGGGACCCGGAGCUCCCUGAUAAUUGGCCACCGGAGGAGGGAGGCCGGGAUCGGGAGGCAAACGGCUCGGUGGAGACGGUCCGCCGGCCAAAUGAAGGUGAAUUACAUCUGCACAUGAUGGUGCAGGGGUUUCAGCUGCCACGUAAUUUAUCAGCGUGCCUGUGGGAUUGUUUUUGUUAUUGAAACAGAAAUAAAAGUUUCUGCACCCUACAUAAA